AGCGCGCUCCCAACGGCACAUCACUAUCCGUCAAAAAUUGGCGCGAAACGCCAUUUUUAUUUUUCAUCGUAAUUUUUUUUAACGGAUUUUUAGUUUUAGUGAAAUGAAUAACAGUUUUUUAGUUUUGAAUGGAGAUUGAUUUGAGGAGUUUCUUGUGUUCUAGUGCUUGUGAAAAUGAGAACUUUGUUGUUUAUUUUUUUGGCGGCCUACGCUGUGAGAUGCGAUGAUUCUAACUACUACGUAGUCCAGAUGCCAGACAACGACGUACUCCCCACCAAAGAGUUCAAAGUCUACUGGAAUGUCCCCACCAUGCAGUGCAAGUCUAAACGCAUCUACUUCGAAGACCUGUACCAAAAGUACGGCAUUAUCCAGAACACCGGCGAUAGUUUCAGAGGGGACAAAAUCUCCAUACUUUAUGAUCCGGGGGACUUUCCCGCUCUGUUGAGGAAUAGCACCAGUGGGGAGUUGAAGUAUAGGAAUGGGGGAGUUCCACAGGAAGGGGAUCUGAUUAAGCAUUUGGAUACGUUUCAGAAGGUUCUGGAACAGAGUGUGCCGGAUAAGGAUUUUAAUGGCGUCGGUAUAAUAGACUUCGAGUCGUGGAAGCCGGUCCUCCGUCAGAACUUCGGCAUCCUGACUCCAUACAAGGAUGUCUCCUACGAGAUCGAGAAGAAACGCCACUGGUGGUGGAAGAAGCAGUGGAUUGAGGAAGAGGCAAAACGUCGUUUCGAAGGGGCCGGCCGCGAGUUCAUGCAAGCGACCAUCUCUCUAGCUAAGAAGAUGCGUCCGAAAGCUCUAUGGGGCUACUAUGGGUACCCAUACUGCUUCAACAUGGCUUAUAAUAAUAGGAAAGAGACCUGUGCCGAUAAAGUACCUCAGGAGAAUGAUCGUAUAAGCUGGCUCUGGGAAGAAAGCACAGGACUGUACCCAUCAGUGUACAGCAGCGAUGACAUUACCGCCUCACAGCUCGCGGCGCUCGUGCGCGGGCGCGUGCGCGAAGCUGCAAGAGUGGCGGCGGGGGGAACCACCAUACUGCCGUAUUUCUGGUACCGGUAUAGGGAUAAGGGGUAUUUUAAUGAGAGUGACCUGGACACAGCAUUCAGCACAUUCUACAAAUCCAACGCCUCAGGCUUCAUCAUCUGGGGAAGUUCCAACGACGUCAACACUGUUGAAAAAUGUAAAAACCUGAAAGCCUACGUCACUGAUAUACUAGGCCCAGCUGUAGCCAAAUACACUAAACCUAUUAUAAGACUCGAGGAUAACCCUGAUGAAUCGUACAACGUUAUUUUUAAGCCCAGCAAUGCAUCCAAAUACGACCCAGAAUAUACCUGGAUACCACCUGCAAACUACACUCAAAGUGUUGAAAAAAUGGUAGAAAAAGAAUUAAAGGAAGAAGCAGAGGCAGCGAAAAUACAUAAAGAUAAAGAAAAAACAGAAAGUAUUCUAGUUGAUAUAAUUUUACAUAAGAUAGCUAAUUACUGUGCUGAAGGCUGUGAUAAUAAGAGUAAAGUGCAAAGGACUGAUGAAGGAGAUGACGUUAAUAUAAAUGAAUCUAGAGUAGUUUUAGUUACUGAAGAUCCUUUUAAGAAAACUUCCACUGCCGUUGGAAUUACUGUGCCAUCGAUGACAGAAGAAGAUAUUUACGAUUACGAUACAAGUGCCGGUGACGUCACUGUAGGACAAUUGUAUGUCACUGAAGACACUGAUAUAAGUACAACCGCUAAAAGUAUUGAGAAUACUACAUUAAGUACAAGUACAGAAUUAAGUAGUACUAUAAGUUUAAGUAAUGAAGAAAGUGGUACUAUUAGUACUACAGAACCCGUUAAAAUGGAAUCACAAGAAAGUAAUAUAAAAGAUUUAAGUACAGAAGCCUACAGUUCUACUGAAGCGAGUACUACUGAAAGUAGUACACCCACAAGUGCUACUGAACCUAGCAUAGAAGAUACAAGUACUAGUUAUAGAACUACAAGUCAAAAACCAGAAGAAACAAGUACUGCAUUUAGUAAUGAUGAUAACAUACUUGAAAGCAGUAUAAAUUUCAAUUCAGUAGAAACCGAAUUUGAUGUUGUUGAUGGAACUAGUACUCUUAAUCCUAGUACUGUAGAAAGUACUACAGUUGAUGUGAAUAGUAAUACAAGCGAUAGCAGUACAACGAUGGCGUCGAUGAUCACAGAACAGGUUGUUGUUUCAGUUGUUUAAGGUGUUGGGGUCUGUAUCCAGAGCGAUCGUCAGUAAGCCGCUCGCGUGUUCUCUAUUCUAUUUCUACUCUAUCACCAAAUGUCUCUGCCUCUUGCUUGGGACCUGCUAAGGGGCUAACGAUUGGUUUCUUAUGUAAUACAUCAUUUAUUUCUUCACAAAUUACCUUAUUAUUAUCUGAUUAAUCUGUUUCGUUCUCAUUUCUAUCGUUAACGUUAUAUUCUUCAAUUGUUUAAAAGUCAUUAGUAUUUGUAAUAGAUUCAUUUAUUUCUUGUAAAGUAUUAGUAGAUUAAUCUUUAGCAUCACUGUAUUAUUUUUCUAUUACCUCAGUUAAAUCGGGUAAGGUUAUAUUAAAGACUUGACGUACUUAUUUGUACAAUUUAAGAUCACAAGUAUUCGAGAUUAUAGGAUUAGGUUUCAGUUAGUGGUAAACUUAUGUUGACUGAUUGCCUUAAAUGGAGAGAUGAGGAAAGUUCUAUAUUUGAUAUUGGGAUUGACUAUUUAGUGCAAUCCGGUCACAAACCAGCUAUUCUUGAAAUGUCUUUAUAAACCCAUACAGUUCAUAAAAAUUGCGACAGCUAAAAUAUAUGAUUAAUGACAGUUCUCCGUAUUUUAUUAUAUUUCAAUUGAAUCACAACAACCAAUCGUUAGCUUCAUACCUACAGCUAUUUUCAAUCACUUAAUUAUUGGUUUCAAGCAACUAGAGAGAGAAUUCUGUCAUGAAUUGAAUAUUUCUGACAAAAUUCGAUAGCUAAAAGAUUUGGUCCAAUAAGUAAGUUUUGAAAAAGUACAUUAUCUAAGUAGAAUGUAUAAUUUGUGACUAAUCAUUUUAUCUGUGAUAUGUUUAAUAUAAUUUUGUUAGAUAUUUUUGUGAAUAUUGCCAAUUUAAUUGUCAGUUAUCUAGGAUUAAAAUAUUAUAUUUUGAUGUAU